CACGAAGGAAUUAUAAUAAAUGCAAUCUAAAUUAAAUUUAUACUUGUCAUCUAAUAAUUUUAAGCUUGCUAUUCUGAGAUCUGACGCGCUCAGAUUGAGGUUCCGUUUAUGUUGAUAUAUUCAUACGAAUAUUGUGGAACGAUGUAUCGAUCAAACAGUCGUUUAUAGGUUUGACGAGAAAAUAGAGAAGAGAUAGCCUCGUCUUGGCAUAAGAAAAUUUAGAGCAGCGGGAGCCGGAAGGAAUCCGAAAAUGUUCAAGAACACUUUCCAAAGUGGUUUCCUGUCCAUUUUAUAUAGUAUCGGCAGCAAACCAUUGCAAAUCUGGGACAAGAAAGUGAGGAAUGGACAUAUCAAGAGGAUCACUGACAAUGAUAUUCAAAGUCUUGUCCUAGAGAUACUGGGUAGCAACGUUAGUACAACGUAUAUCACAUGCCCUGCAGAUCCAAGGAAGACUUUGGGUAUAAAGUUGCCCUUUCUGGUGAUGAUUAUCAAGAAUCUAAAGAAGUAUUUCACAUUUGAGGUUCAGAUAAUUGACGACAAAAAUGUACGUCGCAGAUUUCGUGCAAGUAAUUAUCAAUCAACGACGAGAGUGAAACCAUUUAUAUGUACAAUGCCAAUGAGACUGGACGACGGAUGGAAUCAAAUACAGUUCAACUUGGCUGACUUCACACGCCGUGCCUAUGGAACGAAUUAUGUGGAGACACUGAGGGUCCAAAUUCAUGCUAAUUGUAGGAUACGGCGAGUGUACUUUUCAGAUCGAUUAUAUUCAGAGGAUGAAUUACCGGCGGAAUUUAAAUUAUUCUUACCGAUUCAAAAUAAGGCAAAAUGUUGAUAAUUAGUGAAGGAAAUGCAAGCAUUUUUAGUAAAAGAAAGAAGAGUUGUCCAAUUG